AUGAAGAGCUGGUUAGAAGCUACCAAUAUGGAGGACGGAUCGUUGCCCUGUAUGCUGGCUGACACAAGGGAGGCUUUGUUACCAAUAACUGGUUGCGAAAACAUGGCGCCUAGAAAAAGAGAUCGAUCUUUGGAGCCCUGCGCUGUAUCCGAAGAAGCUUAUCUGUCUAGUGGAGCGGGAUCACCGUACGCCGGUCUAUCGCGAGAAGAGAGAAGACGAAGAAGGAGAGCCACUCUAAAAUACAGAACAGCGCACGCUACAAGGGAGAGAAUAAGAGUUGAAGCAUUUAACGCAGCGUUUGGUUCACUUCGGAGACUUCUCCCAACUUUGCCACCAGACAAAAAACUGUCAAAGAUUGAAAUUCUUCGACUGGCUAUAUGUUAUAUUGCUUAUUUGAAUCAUGUUUUGGAUGCGUGA